AUGAGGACACUGAAAUAUGUAGCUGUAAAAAGAGGAGGAUCUGUCACUAUUCCAUGUCUUUAUGAAGAGAAGUACAAAGCAAACAAUAAAUUCUGGUGCAAAGGGUACUAUUGGUCUACCUGCAGUAUCGUAGCCUCUGCAAACUCAAGUGGAAAUCCAUCAGUCAUUGAUCAUCCAGAGCAGAAUUUGUUCACAGUGGAACUGAACUCUGUCUCUGUGUCUGGAACGGGUUGGUGUGCUGCAGAAAUUGGGGAUGAAUUUGAUGACCGUGAUUAUUUGUACCUGACGGUUAGUCAAGAUCCUGAUCUGUCAGUGAGGGAGAGCAGAGUGAGAGGUGAGGAAGGAGGCAGUGUCACAGUCCAGUGUCUCUACAGUGCUGCGUAUCAGAAUACACAGAAGCAGUGGUGCAGAUUUAAAGAUGAACAAUGCAACACAGUGAGGACUGAAACAUCCCAGUUUUCAGGAGGGGAUGAUGGGCGAGGAUCCUUCAGUGUGAAGAUAAGCAGACUGAAGAAGAGUGAUGCUGGAUGGUACUGGUGCAGUGCAGGAGAUCUGCAGGUUCCUAUUCACAUCAGUGUCAGUGAUCCACCUCCAGUCACUACAUCAAAUACUACAAUGGCGACUACAAACACUCAUGAAGACAAUAUGUACAUAGAGCCAGAGAUGUUCUGUAUCGCAGACAACUGA